CAUAACAAUGACUAUGAAGACACACCACACCCCUCACCCAACUCUGAUAGUACCCUCUCAACCAUUAAAGGAACAUACAUACCAUUUCAUUUCUCCUCUCUUGUACGUGAAAAACAUUAUUCCAAUUUCCAACCUCAAUCUUGCCACCAAAUGGCCAAGAGAUCAGAUUUUGCACAAAAGCUACUGGAUGAUCUCCGCCUAAGGAAAGAACGAAUGGCUUCAACUCAGAGGUCAAACCAGUCCCACCAUUUGCCUAUAGAUGCAUAUGCUUACACCAAGCAAACAUACAGAGGAUCCAGAAAUUCAAAAGCUAACGAAAUUGUUAGUUCCAGAACUGGGGAUAUGCUGAAUAGUUCUAGCAGAAGCCACAGAUCAGUAAGCAAUGGACAAGUUUCAAAUCAGAUGGUUCCAUUUGGCAAAGGUCAGAGCUCAGGGCAAACGAGUGAUGUGUCCCUUGCCCUGGCUUUUGCCUUUGAGAAUGGAGGGAAACUAAGAAGCAAUGAUUCAAUUAUGGGUUUCCUUCACCAAAUUAAAAGGGGAACAUUGGAAUUCAGCGUAUCAGAAAGACAAUUAGCUUCAACUAGCAACUAUCCAAUGCAAAUUAACGAGAUAUCCAAAGGUGCACAGAAACUAAACCAGAUAUUGAGAGCCUGCUCCAACGGUCUUAACAUGGACACGUAUUCAGUACAAUUUGCAAAGGAACUAUUACAAGGAGCUAUUGAUUUGGAAGAGUCCCUCAGGAUGCUAGUAGACCAGCAAAAUAAUACACAGUUUAUGAUUGCCCCGCAGAAGAAAAAUCGAAUCACACUAUUAGAGGAAGAUGAUGACGAUGACAAUGACACAAGGACGGAAAUGCAACUGGCACGACCAACUUUCUCUUUUGACAAGCACACUACUCAGAACAUCCAACAACUUGGAAAGGCUAUUUUCAUGCAGAGGCCAAUUAAUCUUACCAGCUCUAACGAAGGCAGAAACUCAAAUGAUGAAAACAAAAAUGUGAAGAGACAGGUUUCUCAGAAGCGAUCAAAUAAAACUAGCUCUACCUCUGAAGGGAAAAACCAGGCGGCCUCCAACCCAGAGAAGGGCAGGAUUCCAAAUGUAAUAGCCAAAUUAAUGGGGCUGGAGAUCCUUCCUGAGAAAGUGGAAAUGGAAUCGAAACACAUGAGCCUACAGAAAAGGGAAGGAAUAUCAUCCAAGCAUACUGCAAAAGGAGGCACUAAGAAGACUGAACUGAAGAGCAAAGAAGCUGAUAAUUUGUUGCUUAUGAAAAACCAAAAAGUGAUAGGAGCCUUCAAGAUGCCUGCAACUCAGGGUGAAGAUAUGAUAUUUGGAGCAAAUAAAAAUUUUCUUGUCAAAAAGACCAGCUCUGGGGUGGCUGCUCAGAAUGAUGGAAUAAAAGCACUGAAAGGAUUUGACAAGCCUACUAAAAGUUCCCCUCAGAAGAACCUUAAUAGAGAAAGUGAAAAGGAUGUUCAGGAGAUAGGAAGAAAACAGGAUCACCCAACUAACAAUAACAAGGAACAGAAAGGCACCGUAAAGGGCAGAACCAACGUUCCAAUUCUUAACAAUAUGCUGCCCCAGCUAGAACAGGUGCAUGAAAGAUCAGAAGUCAAGUCCUCGAUUCAGGAAGGCAAGGAAAUCAAUGAAAAUAUUGUUCAGCCCGAAAAAAGACAAACAAACAAGCACAUCGUGAACAAUGAAAAGAAAUCUCGAAACAAUGUUGGAGUACAUAAGUCAUACGUACUCUCCAAAAAUGUGCCUCAGGAAGAAAAGCAUAGCAGAGAACAACUUCAGCUGAGGGAAGAACAAAUGUUGAUGAUGAGACUACAAGGAGGGAGUGAAAUGACAUUCAAGAGUUCACCAAAAUCCCCUCAUCAAUUGAUCAAUCCUCAAAAGAAGCAGCUAUCCAUGAACCAGACCACACUGUUUAAGAAAAACUCUGGAGAAAAAAAUGUUGCUGCUAUGAAAUCGGAAGGCUUUUUAACUAAUCACUAUGAUCUAGUCAGAGAUGAAGCGUCCAAUGACACAAAUGAGAAAGUCAAAGAAAUUAUCAAUAGGAAGUCAGGCCAAAUUUUCUCUCCAAGAGAUCAAGAAUUUGAACGAGCUAAGCGAAAUGUCAUCAAAACUUUGAUGGAUGAAAAACACUUCUAUAAACUGGCCAGCAAGAAAACAAAGAAUACCAGAAAGAAAAAAGUUGACAUGCCUGGAAAGAUUGAUCACAUGUUGACCGGAAGAAAUGGAGCCAAGUUCAUUACUAAACAAGGAAAACAACAGAUCCCCCCUUCUGACAAAUUCGAAGUUUUGAAUGAAUUAGAAAAAGAAAGGGUUGGCAUGUUAAGAGAAAGAGAUGCACACAUCAUUAGCUCCAAUGAACCAGUAUCAGUGGCCGUGACCGAACCAUUGGAUGUGAGGCGCCAACCCCAUAAAGAAGCUGAACUGCCUCCUGCAUUAUACAGCUCUGUUGGUGGAGAACUUCAAAGCCAACAAGAAUUUGUAGCUACAGUUCCCAAUGAUUUGCAUGUCCAAGAUGCGCAAUCGGCAGCAAUCAACUUGCAAGAUCAAGCAGUUACUUUGGCUGCAGAUAAAAGAUUAAUGACUGGUGAAGUGGCAUUACAUAAAAAAAAUGGAAUUCAGGAAGGCAGACUGUGUGUCAACCACUCAAGCCUACAAGAUCAGAAUAUUUCUGAAAUAAGCAUCCAACAGCCACUAACCGAAAGUGAAAACUUCCUCAAGUGGAUUCUGGUCAUGAAUCAACUAUUCGUCAACACUGCAGAAGCACUUUUCAAACUCAACAUCCCAUUUAAUUUUCUUCAAGGAGGUGGUCGGGAGAAUCAAGACGAAGGUAGCAAACUCAUAUUAGACUGUGGAUAUGAAGUGAUGAAAAGAAAGGGGAUACGGCAAGAACUUAAAGUUCAUAGUCGUUCGAAGAUAUCAAUGGGUACCAAGAACAUAAUAUCCUUAGAUGACUUAGUUAGGCAGCUGAAUAAAGACCUUGAGAAGCUUAAAUUCUACGGAAGGAAAAAAUGUGGCCAAGUUGAUACUGAGGACUACCUGCAUAAAAUGCUUGAACAUGAUGUUUAUGAUAAAUAUCCAGACAUAGACUGCAUGUGGGAUUUGGGUUGGAAUGAUGAGACAUUUGCAUUUAUUGAGAAAUAUGAUGUUAUAAGGGAUACAGAAAAGCAUAUACUUAGUGUUCUUCUGGAUGAGAUCACCGUAGAAUUUUUCAUGUUCAACCAGGAUUGAUUAUGACAAUCAUACACUGAACUAUAGAAAGAGAGCUGCUCUAAGGAAGGGGGACAUGGGGCCAAGUUUUUCACGUGUAAUUUUUUUAAUGCAAUUUUGUGCUUUGUAAUUUAUAAGGAUGAGAAUUUUUUUUUGUUAAUAAGAAUAACGAUUUGAUUAA